CUUCUACUCGUACGCUAUCGCCGCACCGAUCAACUCUGGUAUUCUAUGUGGUAAUUGUGUUCACGCACGGAGAAGUUCCAUGACACACUCAGAGCUCUCCGACAAGCUGAACACCCUGGCACAUAUUGCACUCAUACUCCUGGAACAACCAAACGUGUUGCAAGCCGUGAGUCCGCCAUCAUGACUCCGUGGCGGGGGCGUGCUCGAUGCGCCAGGAGGACAGUCAUAGAGGGGUAUAUAAAGGCCUCUCCAUGGGACCCGUCUUCGUCUUCUACAUUCCCCCACCACUGCAACUACUAUCACAACUACUACUUCUCCUCCUCCUCCAGAGACAGCGCUAGACUUGCAGCGGUAUUCCAGUUCUUUACUACUACAACGCUCCAUCGAAACCGGCAAAGCGACUCCGGUCGACCGCAACUCGAAUAUCAUGGCAGACGACAACCUUAGCCUGCAACAAAUCCGAGAGCGGACAGAGAAGGAACAGAACAAUUUCAGAUGGCAUUUGCUCUCAUUCAGCGAGUUCCGUACCGGCCCAUGCGGCGUUCUAUUACCCCAGGACUGUUCCAGAUACCUCUACCGCGAGCCCUGUGUCCAUCCUCGCGGAGCUUACCAAUUCGUCAUCAAGGAUGGAACAUUCCCUGAUCACCCAGACAUCAAGGGAAGUUGUGCGAUUGGCGGAUGUCUGAACCCCGAUGAAAAUUGGUCCUGGGCGGACUCUGACCGCAACAUGGCGAGAGUCUAUCUUCUCUGGCAUUUCUCGAAGUUAGUGGGCAAGGAAAUAGAGGUCAAUGGGAUCUUCCCCCACCAGACACACGAGUAUAUACGCGAAGGGGACUGGAACAGGGAGGCAAAGAUCAGUGAGACUGCUUGGAAGGCUUGGAAUGCUCUGAUCGACUAUUUCAACAAAGGGACAGAGCCAAAAUUUCCAGCCCGAGAGCUGGUGAGCCUACCAUUCAAGUGGGAUAAUGGAACCGUGGCUGAGGAGGAGACCGAUCCAGUGUGGGAGGACCGGACGAGAUAUCUGCACGCGGACGCGAAGAUACGGGAAUUACAAUUUGGACCUGGGAGAGAGCCUUAUCCCGACGAAAGCCCAGGUCCGCGGGUCGUAGAACCUGGGACUCAGUCAUGAGGCUUCUUAUGAUGCCUGCCUCUUUCUGUCACUCUUUUGGCUUGCAUUCGGGCCUGGGAUUUCUCGGGGCUCUUCAUUUCACUCUCUGCACUGAGGCUUUCGGUAAUGUUUGCUACUUUCUGUCACUCCUUUGGUUGUUAUUCGGGCAUGGGAUUUUCCGGGGUCUUUCAUUUCAAUCUUCUGUAACGAGGUUUCUUAUGUCUGCUGCUUUCUGUCACUCUUUUGAUUUGUAUUCGGUUAUCGGCUUUUCGGGCUAUUCAUUCUUUUGUAUGUUACUGUGUUGGUAGUGCGAUAUAAUCACUCUUGCAG